CUUUAGAUAAAACAGACGUAGAAAAAACCGAUGAAGAGGGAAGAAAAAGGAAGUCCGAUGAGGAAUCUAUGAAAAAUGAUAUAGCAAAAAUACAUAGCAACACACCACAUUUAGAUGAAACCAACACAACAACAGACCCCUCAUCGAAAGACAAUAGGGAAAUAAAUUAUUUCUCACUGAAUGAAGACGUUCGAGAGGGAAAAUUCAGUGAUUCAAAACAUCUGAAGGACAGCGAUAGAAUCAUUUCAGAAGAGCUUAGGAAAGUUGGAAUACAUCUUGAUGGCUACGAAGUGUGGAAAACAGAGAUGUCAGUGAAAAUCCCUGAAGAGGUAUUACAAUGGGAAUUAGAUGCCCGAAAGCGAUAUCUAGAGUACUUGAAAAAGGGAAAAACACCGAUAUUUAGAGCACGAGCAAUGAUAGUUGGUUGUGCGGGAGCUGGAAAAACAACUUUAUUAGAAAGACUGCAAAAGAAAUCAAUGAAGGACAUACAAAAAAUCGAGUCUACUGUGGGAUUAGACGUUCACAAUGAUAUUUUUGAAGUACUGGAAAAGGAAGGAAAACUAGAAGUUGCUGUUUGUAAAAGCGAACCUUCGAUCCAUAUAAAAGAAAAUGUCCCAAUUGAUCAUACUGAAAAGACAGAGGAGACAAAGCUUCUAAGUAUCCUGGAUUUUGGAGGACAGUGCAUGUAUUACGCUUGUCAUCAGAUCUACCUCAGCAAACGAGCAUUCUACAUUCUGGUAGUUGACAUGUCCAAAAACUUGGAAGAUAUCAUAGAUGAGGAGCUCUGCGAUCAGAAGGAUACAAUGUUCUCAAAAUGGAGUUAUAGGGAUUAUCUGUUGUUUUGGUUAAAAUCUGUGGAUUGCUACUGUGGCCGUGAAGCCCCUGUUGUCCUUGUAGCUACACAUGCAGAGGGAAAAUCACAACAGGAAAAGGCAAAUUACUACAAAAAAGUAAUAGAGACCUUUCCUGCGACAUCCACAAUAAAAGAACACUUGUCCAGCAAAAGGUAUUUUACAAUAUGUCUUCCGAGGAAAGGUCAAUCAUCUUUGGAGAAUUUAACUGAAUUAGAAAGAUGCAUUGUAGAAGUAGCAAAAACACGGAAACAGUGGGGAGAGGAGGUGCCAAAGGACUGGGCUAAAUUUGAGGAAUUCAUUUUAGAGGAAAAAACUACAAAAAUUCAAAGUCUUUUGAAACUGAAGAAAUCAUUUGACAAAUUGUUACCUCUAACUAAGCAGGAAUUCGCAGAUCUCUUACAUUUUUAUCAUGAUAUUGGUUUGAUUAUCUACUAUUCAUUUAGAGAUAAUGAUAUUCAUGAUUACAUUGAACCUUAUUCUGAGUCUGACGUUGUGGUUGUUGAUAUUCAAUGGUUUGUGAAUUCAUUUAAGUAUGUAGUGACAGAUUUAGAGCAAGAAAAUGUAACAGAGGUUUGGAAUAAAGCUACGAAAACGGACGUUUCAGAUGAAGAUCAAAACAUGUUCGAAGCGGCUUCAACAAUAGAAGUGUUCGAUGCAGCCGCAACAAUAGAUGAAUUUAAUACGUUUAAAGAUACAGGAGAGAUCUCCGGAAGGUUUUUAAAAGCAAUCUGGGAAAACACAGGUAAUACAAAAGCAGUGGAAUACAAGGAUGAUAUGAUAAAAUACAUGGAACGUUUAGGUAUAAUGGCGAUAGAAGAAAAGUCUGACGUAUACUUUAUUCCAAGCAUGAACAGGAUGAGAGUACCAGAGCACGAACGUGUUUUAGUUUUAGGAGUCAGUAAAAGCUACAUACAGCUUAUGCUGUAUGAUGAUCAGAAACAAGGAGAAUCAAUGCUAGAGGCAUUUAAAAACGCUAAACAAAAAAUACUUAAGAUGUUGUCUUCUCUAACAAAAACAUUUACCAGGGACCUUUCUUAUGACUUUGGAUACAGCUGUACUAAUACAGAAUUUGAAGUCCGAGAGGAUUAUGGUGAUUUGUUGUCGUGA